AUGAAAUUAGUGAAACCGCCCUUCUAGAUUAGAGAAAAAUAAUGGGACAAUCGUUUUUAUUUGGGAAAGCUGAGUGAUCAUGAAAUUAAGAAAUAGUUUAUGAUUAAAAAGAAAUCAGUAAAAAGACCUACAUCUACAAAUAAAAUUGUAGUAGAUGAAAAAUCAUUAGCAAUACGACUUUAUGAAUUAUAAUUAUUGUGGGAAUAAUUCCGUAUUCCUUAAUUUCAUAGAGCUUACUUUCUUCAAUACAAUGAAAAAGAUCUUGAUGCUAUUUUAAGAGAAACUGCUGAUAUCAAGUUGAAGUAAUCAAUUGUACAAAAGUUAAUGAGUCUAAUAAAAGGUAGGGAGAGAUGUUUAAAUUUUUUAAAAACUGAAACAUUUGAAGAACAUAAAUUUUCAGAGCUUUUAUUUCAUCUAAGAAUUUUAACAGUCAAUGUUAUUGAGCAAUUUAAAAAAUGGAGAGAUUCUUUAAAUAGAUGUGUUAGAUGGAGAAUAGAUGAAAUAGAUUAUCUUGUAUAAUUAAGAGGAGAUCUUGAUUUUCUAAAAGAAUAUUAUUAAGAUUACUAAAGAGAUCCAUUUUUGUUAUGGUUAUAUAAAUUAGGUAAGUAUGACACAGUACAUUCAAAUUAUCAUUAAUUAUAAAAAGAUAUGAUGAAAAGAAUUCGUGAUUGGUAAUAAUCAUAUAAUAUAUAUUUUAGUGAAAUUUUACUCAUAGAAAAUGAUUAUUUUGAUAUGUAAACUAACAUUUUAUCAAGAAAAGAAGCUUAAUUGAUAAAUAAAUAUCUAAGAGAAUCUACAAUUUAAAUGGAAGAUUAAUUAAAAAGUUAAGAAUUAAAAACUAUAUUAAGUCCUAAUCAUAAAUAGACUAAAACUGUUUAAAUUUAGGAUAAUUUUACACUUGUUCCAUAAGUUGUAAGAAAUAAAGAGCAAUUUAAUAAUUUAUUAAAUUAAAUAAAAAAUGAUAAUGAUAUUGAUAGUUCUUUUCCAAUAAGAGACAAUUUAUUUGAAUUAAUUGAUUAUUAGGAUUCAUUAAUUUUAGCUUUAAUGCAGCAUUAAAAAAUAAAAGGUAUUUGUAUUAGUUAAAGUGAACAAUCUGAAUAAUAUAGAAAAGUCAUAAUUGAAUAAAUAAGAUUAGAAAAUUUAUAAUUAUUUCCUCAAUUUAUAUAAUAAUUAAGUAAUUAUUUACAUGGAAAUGAAAUAACAAUAAAAUUGGUUCAUUAUAUGUAAAAUGAAAAAUUAAUUGAUUGUGAAUAUUUAAAAGUUGCAUUAAAAUAAGAAGGAUUUAGAUGGAAGUAAUAGACAAAUGAUAGUGGAAGAAAUAUUAGAUACACAAUAUAUUAUAAGAAAAAGGAAUAUCAACAAUAGUAAAUGAAUCAAUUUAAAUUUAAUUUUCAUGUUCAUAGUACAAAACUAAAUUAAUUGAUGCAAUUAGUUUAUAAUAAUAUUGAUGAUAGUACUAAUGUAGCAUAAAAAUUUAAACAUUAUGUUGAUUCAAGAAAAUCUGAACAUAAUCCUACUUAAAUAAAAUUAAAACCAAAAAUAUAUGAUGAUAGAGUUGUUUUAUUAGAUGUUAAAUUAAAAAUACCAUCUUUUUAAACAGAAGUUCGAUAUGAAUAUAAAUAUUACAGAAUUGUAUUUAAAUUAUUCAUUAUUAGAUUUAAGAUCCUGAAAUUACUAAUAUAUCUUUUAUGGAAAUAGAUGGAUAAAUUGUUUAUGCUUUAUCUUUAUUAGAUAAUGAUUAUUAUAUCCUUAUUUCUAAAGAUUAAAUAUGUCAUGAGUAAAUUUAAAUAUCUUAAUUUUAACCAACAGAAGAAGAUCUCUCUAUACCAAUGUUUUGUUAUAAUGAUGAAAUUGCUGAUGUUUUUAAUCAUCAUAUCAAUUUAUAAUUUGAACACCUCAUGACAAUCAAAAGAAAAGUUAAUACUGAAAAAUAAUCAAUUGAAAUAGCACCAGAUAAUUUUUAUUUCUCUAUUUUUUAUGAUGGUCAUGUAAUAAAUUCUUUUAAAAUUAAACAACAUCAUUUAAUAAAAUUUAAGCCAUUUAAAUCAUAAAUCAACAUUAGUGAUGAUAUUAAAAUUGAUAAAUCUAAAUUUAUGUUAUAAUGUCUUCCCUUAAUCCAAAAAAAUAUUGAAUCUGAACCUUUAAAAAUCAUGAUUAAGAAUCAUGAAUGUAUUUGUGCUUUAGAUAAUUAUGCAAAUUCUAGAAAAUGGAUUAUUUAUACAAUUGUUGGUUGUCAAGAGAAUUAAUUAAAAGAUGUACUUGAAUAGUUAAUAACUUAAUUAACAUUAAUUGAUCCGAAUAUAUAAGAAGUUGGUAUAGAGUAAUUUUUAUGAAUAACUUUAGUCUUUAUCAUGAAAUGGUGAAUGGAGAAUUUAUUACAAACAAAAACAUUUAGAAAUAACUUACAUCUCUUGGUUUUAAGUGGAAAAUCUAAGUAAAUGAAGCCAAUGAACACACAAGAUUUACUAAAUAUUUAUUAAAAUUACAAAGAGAAACAUAAGUUGUUGAUAAUAUAGUGAUUCAAUAUUUUUGUACAUAAGAUUUUGCAGAUGUUAAUGUUUAGCCAUUAAUUUAAUAAUUUUCAAUAUUUUAUUAAACUUUGACUCAAUCUCAAUUAGUUGUAAAGAGGGUAUCAUAUUAAUUUAAUAUAUUUAUAUAGAACAAUUUAAUUCCGUUUUCAAAAUAUUAUAAUAAGGAUAUUCCUCCUGAAUUAUAUACAGAUUAAAUGUUAGAAACAAGAAUUUCAUAAAUUUUAUAAAAUUGUAAGUAUGGAACCAAAAACAAAAUUGAUUACAUAAUAUUUAAUGUAAAUUUAUUUAUCAAUAUUAAGAACUAAGUUAUUACAAGUAAUAAGCAUCCAGAAUUAGGAACUAUUUACUUUAUUUAAUUAUUUGACAUUGUCUUAUGUUUCUAUCAAUUGGAGAAAGAACUUAAUACAGAAUAAAUAGCUAAUUUGAUUUAAUAAGUAAAUAAUUCAAUUAUGAUAAGUCUACAAGUGAUGAAAAUGAGUAAAAAGAAUGCUUAGGUGUUGAAUUCAUUCAAUACAGCAAAGCAGGUAGCAAUUAUUCAAUGGAGAUCAACUUUAAUAUGGAGAAAAACAUUACAAUAGAGACAUAAAAUUUUAAAACAAUAUCGAAACCUUACUUUAUUGGUAUAAUUGAGCCUAAUUGGUAUGAUAAACAUAAUUAGAUGAUUGCAUCAAUGAUAAUUUUAUGA